AUGAAAUUCUCAAUUGCCGUACUGUCAUCAAUCAUUGCUGUAUGCUCAGUCACGAUUGCCAAUCCAGUUGAUCCCAGUUCUACCAUGAGUUCUGCAACUAGCACUCCAACAGCCUCUACAAGCGCAACUUCAACUGGUGGACCCACUUCUUCAGUUUUUAGCUCAAACAACGCUGGCUGUGAUUCAUUUGAUCAGGAAGGAAUCGAUCUGAUCAAAGCAUAUGCAAACAUUAAAAUGGUGCUCGACAAUGAACAUAAAAAAUACAGCCAAAAAGAAUCCGAUAUUGAAGAAUAUACAAAGCUGAUUAAUAAGAAAAUGAAAAAACUCGAACUCCUGGAACAAAAAGCUCAAGAAAGCAAUGGCGCUGUAGAUUAUACUGCAAAGAUUUCUCAAGUUAAAUAUCAAAUUAGAGCUUACCGUGCAAUUCUUAAAGCAAUCAAAGAUGAGUUGAUGAAAUUAUAUCAUGAGUAUCUUGAAUGGAAUAAGGGAUGGCGUAAACUACGAAUGGCGGUUUAUGAUUACCUCGAAAAACAUGAUUCGACUGGAGAAAUGGCUGGUGAUACCCCACUCCUGAAAUCAAUUCCCGAAUUUAUGCAAUGCUUUGUUAAAUUCUACAGCGGCUCACCAGAUUUAUUUCAGCAAUCUGAGCAUGGUGCAGUUGCUCAAGAUUCUGGUGCUGAACAACAAACUCUUCAACCAUAG